ACUGCCUCUGAUCCUCGCAGUUGUUCUUUCCAGCGAUAACAAUCCAAGUGAGAAGACGUGCCGUUUUCUCGACCUCCAAUAAUUCGCAAAUGUAUUAAUUAAUUGAAAUAGAAACAAAAAAUGGCAAUAGAUCUUCUUAAAGCUUAUUCUACUGUAAAAACUCUCUCAAUGAACAAAUUUCUAAUAAUUUGCAUUCUUUGGACUUGCGCUGCAAUCACGGAAGGAUCUUGCCCAGCUUGGGAUAAAGAUUCACCCUGUGUUUGUGGCGAAACUAAAACUGGCAUCGAAGUGCGAUGUUCUGGUGUCUCAGGCAGCUACCGAGUCAUGGCAGCUUUGGCAGAGCUGCAAACGGAUGUCCCGUGGGAGCUUCAACUUAGCUCACUCACCAUCAACGAGCUACCACCAACGGUGUCCAGUGUAACUUCACUUCGGCUCAACCAGUGUAACGUAAGACGUUUGAUGAAGUCUGGAUCAACAGAAUGGCCCAAUUUGAGUGAAAUUGUCUUCGAAUCGGUUAGAUUUCAAGAGAGCUUAUGGCCGCAGUUAAGAGGAGCUCGUGUCUUGAAAUUCAUAAAAAUUAGUGACGUCAUACUUUCGAAUUUGGGUCGUGAUUUUAGAGAUAGUCUUCCAGCCGGCAUAGAAUACGUUGAAUUAAGAAAAACGAGUACGUCUAAAAUUGAAUCAGGUUGCAUGAGCCACUUGAGCAAUCUGAGGUAUGUGUUUAUCACUGAUAUGCCACUAACUCAUUUUCCAAGAAAUGCCUUGCCGAAUGAAAUGAAUCAACUGCACACAUUCGUACUCGGAAAUACGCAAAUUGAAAACUUGGAACCAAAUUUUUUUGGCGGCAUGCCGAAGUUACAAGUAUUAAUGUUAAACGGGAACCAAUUUUCUACAUUAGAUGAAUCCUUGUUUACACCUUUACAAAGUCAUCUGAAUCAUCUGUUGGCAGAAAGAAAUCCUCUCCAAUGUGAAUGCAGUUUGCUGUGGCUCAAGACAUUCCAGAAAAAACGUUCCAUAAAUGUUUUUGCAACAUGUUAUGAUGAACAUACAGAACAAAUCAAAGAAAUUUUGGAUUUACAAGAUGAAAUUUACUGUUCAUAAACUUAGAACAUGCACAUAGAUUUUUGAAGAAUUCAUCAUUUGAAACAAUAUCAGACCAGGAUAUUAAGAAUAGCUGCAUUUAAGUUAUGUUUUAACUGUUAAGUUGUGUAUUACUGUUCAUAAACUUAGAACAUGCACAAAGAUUUUUGAAGAAUUCAUCAUUUAAAACAAUAUUAGACCAGGAUAUUAAGAAUAGCUGCAUUUAAGUUAGGUUUUAACUGUUAAGUUGUGUAUUACUGUUCAUAAACUUAGAACAUGCACAAAGAUUUUUGAAGAAUUCAUCAUUUAAAACAAUAUUAGACCAGGAUAUUAAGAAUAGCUGCAUUUAAGUUAGGUUUUAACUGUUAAGUUGUGUAUUACUGUUCAUAAACUUAGAACAUGCACAUAGAUUUUUGAAGAAUUCAUCAUUUGAAACAAUAUUAGGCCAGGAUAUUAAGAAUAGCUGCAUUUAAGUUAUGUUUUAACUGUUAAGUUGUGUAUUACUGUUCAUAAACUUAGAACAUGCACAUAGAUUUUUGAAGAAUUCAUCAUUUGAAACAAUAUUAGGCCAGGAUAAUUAGAAUAGCUGCAUUCAAGUUAUGUUUUAACACCCUGUAAAAAUGUAAAUAAAUUGGUUGGACAAAUUUGCAGCCAAUUUUAUUUAAGUUAAUAUAAUUACAAUAUAAUAGAAGGUAGAUUUUAAAAGAUACAGGCUGAACAGUGAUGUGAGAAAUAAUGAAAGACAAAGAAAUGCCAGUGAAACACCUUUUAGUGGUGGAUAAUAAAUUGGAUGAAUAA